CACUGUCAUAAUGACUUCAAAAUUCAAUGUUACUUUAAUAUCAUGCGCAUAUCAAGAAAUCUUUUUAAUGUAAAAUAUCACAAAAACUUUUUUAUUUCCUCUUUAUAAAUCAAAAACAAAAACCCUGUCUCAUUGCAAUUAUGUCAGAGUUAGAAGAUGAUGAAGAAAAAACAGAGCAAAAGAUUAAAGAACUAGACGAAAAUAACUUUCUAAAAUUCUUGAAAACGAACAAACAUGUUUUAGUUAUGUUUAUGUCACCAUACUGUCCUCAUUGUAGAAAAACCAAACCAAAAUAUCAAGACGUUGCUGAACAUUUUAGAAAAAAUCCUGAUAUAUGUUUUACUCAGGUAGAUUGUACUGUCAAUACUGAACUAUGCAACGAUAACGACGUUGAGGUGUAUCCUUUGAUUAAGUACUUUCAUUAUGAGACAAGGAAGGAAGAAACAUAUGAAGGAAAAAAGACGGUUCCAGCAUUAGUAGAAUUCAUUGAAAAAUUAGUGAAUAAAAUAGAAUAAAUCAUUCUAUAUUUGAAUAAUGUUUAGCUAUAUUAAUAUAGAUAAUAAAUGAAGAAAACAGGCUUCUUUUUUAUCAAUAUUGUUUAAACUUACGGGGCAAACUGAUAUAGCUGGAAUGAAGUGUAAUUACAAUAUUAUAAUUAAAAAAUAUAUUUGAAAUAAAUAUUCUAAGCCAUAAA